AUGGCCAAAGGUGAGUCUUUUCCUCACCUGACCAUCCUGAGAUAGCACCACAAAUUUCUGCAUGGUUUGCUUAUGACUUCAAGAUGGCAGAGAUUGGCAGAGAAGGAUGAGCCCAGGGGAAACACAUGUAAUAAAUGAAAAUCUGCCCUUAUUCCCUUAUGAGGGACACAAGGGCCCUUACAGAGUCCUUUGUAGGUUCUCCAUCGGUCGGAGAAAAGAACAGAGGCCAGCCAGAGAAUAUUGAGAAGCAAAGCAGCUCGUAAGCCUGAUCUUUAUUGAACUGUUGCAACAGGGUGCUCCCCUCUCAUGCAGGAAAGGAGGACCCAGAACCUAGGUGUGCCCGCCCCUAUAUAGACAUUUUUAAAUUGCCUGCCUUGGAGUCCAAGACCACCCCCAGAUACAUCAUACCUACAUCAAAGAAAGGGUGGUCUACAACAGAAAUCUGAGUGUGUUGUUUAUCUCCUGUCUGGCAGGUUACCUGUUAAUGGUCACUUGAUUGGAUACCCUGGGGAGCCUGGCCAGUCUUUUGUAAUGAUAAAUACUUAGUUCCUGAGCCAGGUCACAGGCUCACCCUAUUCAUACACAGACAUGCCCUUAAGACAGGAUUUGUGAAGGAAAAGACAAAGGGGAGGCUUUUCCAUUUUCCUUUGACCUUGCAGAGAAAACAUUUGGUCAGUUUGGGAGCCAAAAUGGUUCCAGGGCUGUUUUCCUGUGCUGCUUCAGACAUGUGGUUUAUAUAUUUAUGUAAGCGUUUGCUUGGUACAUUUAUGAACAUUUAUUAUACAGUGGUACCUCUGGUUGUGAACAGGAUCCAUUCCGGAGCCCCGUUCGCAACCUGAGCAGAACGCAACCCAUGUCUGCCCGUCUGCGCGGGUCAUGAUUCAUGCGCAUGCGCAUGAUGUAAUUUUGAGCGUCUGCACAUGUGUGAGUGGCAAAACCCGGAAGUAACCCUUUCCGGUACUUCCGGGUCGCCACGGGACGCAACCUGAAAAGAUUUAACCCAAAGCUUCUUUAACCUGAGGUAUGACUGUAUAUAUAAGACCUUAAUUUUUUUAUUUCAGUCACCCCUUUGGGAUUUUAAUUUUUUCUUAAAAAAUUCUUUGCCCCACAAAAUGUUAACCUGGUAUGUUUGCAAGUGUAGCAGUGCACAUAGCUGGAUAUAGGAUAUCUCAUAAAAAUAACACAUGUUGCAUUUUGUUACUAAAUUACUUGUGGCAUUAUAGCACUUUGGGAGAAACAUUUUCUCAAUAGUGGUCUAUGCUUUACAUUUAGCAGGGAGGUCCACCAAUAACUGAAAAUGCAGUUUGUUUUGUUUCUGCCUUUUUGUGUGUUCCCAGGUGUCAAAGUUAGUUCUCUGGUCUCACACCGCUAACAUACCCACAGCAACACCACCUGGUGAAUCCCCUUAGGGCUUUCCUCUUGACCAUGUCGCCUUGUCCCUGGCAUAGGUUUGGACAUUUCAUGAGAGAGAUGUCUUUGCCUUUGCCUUUCUAUGGGAUUGCAUUAUUAUUAUUAUUAUUAUUGGUGUUGGUCUUGCACUCUAGGAAAGUUGCUCAGUUGUUCAAUAUUUGCCAUGUUUUUGGCUUGAUCAGGCCCUUACAUAAAAAUUAUUUAAGCAAGCUUGUAUUUGAAAAAACAACAAUUUCACAUUUAUGAUAAACAGCUGCUCAAUGUUGCCUUUAAGGCCUAUUUAAACACUGGAAAAACAUUUCUUAACCUUCUUAAAUCUUGGAGAUGCCACUCGCAUCCCCUUGAUCAAGAAGGAGUGAGAAACGCAGACAGCAGAGGGGGCAACACCUAGGAAGGAGCAGUGAGCGCCCGAGAGAAUGCGCCUUGUCUAUCUGCAUUCUCUGAAAUGCCAAAGCUGUCUCUCAAUAAAAGUUAAUGGGAAACUUCCAGCAAGUCUUGGCUCAGUUCCAGGAGGGCAGGACAUGCAUUGCCUCGACAAAUCUCUGGAGUGCCGCUUAUGGCUUCAAGGUGGCCACAAACAAGUCUUCUCCUUGGAUUGGGCUGAGGGUAGAAACUGUGGUCAGGGUGCCCACUGGAAAGAAACACCACAACACAUUUUCUGUGCACCCUCUAAUGGCAAGAGAAAUAGGGGUAGGAAAUUUCCCUUGUACAGUGGAACCUCGGUUUUCAAACGUAAUCCAUUCCAGAAGACCGUUCUAGUUCUGAAAUGUUUGAGAACUGAAAAUUCAAUACAGAAGCCUCCACACAAUAGGGAAACUCAAAACGGAAGCUGCGCAGCAUGUUCAACUUCCGAAAAGUGUUUGAAAACCGAAGCAUUUAUUUCUGGGUUUACGGCAUCCGAGUUCCAAAAUGUUUGUCAACAGAGACAUUCCAAAACAGAGGUUCCACUGUAGCUUCAAUAGAAUCACAGCACUGCAAAGUUGGAAGGGACCUCAAGGGUCAUCUAAUAAUAAUAAUACUUUAAUAUUAAUUUAUUACUUAUACUCCGCCCAUUUGGCUCGGGGCCCCCAGCCACUCUGGGUGGCUUCCAACAGAACAUUAAAAACAUGACGAGUUUGUAAUUUUUGUUGUAAUUUUGCACUGAAAAUAAAUAAAUUAUUAAAAAUAAAUAAAUGAUAAAACAUCAAACUUUAAAAACUUCCCUAAAGAGGGCUGCCUUCAGAUGUCUUCUAAAAGUCAGGUAGUUGUUUAUCAAUCUAGUCUGAUCCCCUGCAAUGCAGGAAUUGCAACUACCGCACCCGUGGCACAUGGCUAGCCAACCUCUGUUUAAAAACCUCCACGGAAGGAAAGUCCACCUUCCAGGGACGUCCAUAUCACUGUUGAGCAGCUCUUGGCAUCAGAAAGUUCUUCUUGACGUUUAGUCAGAAUCGCCUUUCUUGUAAAACAAAUUAGGUAACUAAUAAGUAGCACGCCUAUGAAACAUUUGUAAGACUUUUGUGUGUGUGUGUGUGUGUUAGUCUCAGGAACUUUGCUGACAUGGUAUUUUUUAUCUCUUAUUUAGCCAGAGCAGACAAAGAAUUGAGAAUUCUGCUCAUUGGCAAAACCGGAUCUGGGAAGAGUGCAACAGGAAACACCAUCCUGGGGGCUGAGAAAUUUAAAAGCACAUAUGCACUAGAUUCAACAACUCAGAUAUGCGAAUGUAAAGAAGCCCCUGUAGAUGGCAGGAUAAUUGUUGUUGUUGACACACCUGGGUUCUUUGAUACAAAAAUUAAGAAACGCUUCACGCAAAAUGAGCUUAAGGAGUGCAUUGAUAUGGUCUAUCCUGGAGCUCACGCCAUCCUCGUCGUGAUAAAAGCGGGCAAGAUCACAAAGGGGGACCAGGAAAUAUUUCAGAAAGUGAAAAGCCUCUUCAAGGAUGAAGGAAAGAAGUAUCUGAUACUUUUAGUCACCUAUAAAGAUGACUUAGAUAAGAAUCAUUUAACUAUAAAUGACUUCAUAGCAGGCGCUGAGGGGCACCUGAAGGAUCUAAUUGAGAUGUCCGAAAGACGAUUGAUUGCUUUUAACAAUGUGGCUGAUAAAGAAGAAAAGCAGAGUCAGGUGAAGGAGCUCAUUGAGAUGAUUGAUCGCUUGGUGUUACUCAAUGGCAGAACUCCACUGUACACCAAAGAACAAUUCAGAAAGGACAUGUACAACCCUUUGUGGAGUUGGCUUACGUCUUGCUGGAGUUAA